CUUAGCCAGCCAGGCAUGGUGGCAUCAGCUCCCACGACCGCGGCUCAGCUGGCGUUUACAUCUACAUCCGCCCAGCCUGCUCCAGCACGGUCAUCCUUAGCCUUGUAUUUUCCGGUCAGAUGUACAAUUGUCUGUACUGAGGAUUGCAGAUCAAAAAACUUAAUUGCAGAAAUGGGACCCAGUAGUAAUUAUGAUUUAUCAGUAAACUCUCCAAGUAGGAACAAAAGAUCAUCAGGGGACAUGCCACUAGCUGUUGAUCAGAACAAUGCAACACAGCACGGCAAAGUUCAUAAUCUCCAGGUAGUGGAUGUUGGUGUGACAUCUGUCAACUUGACGUGGGAGGUGAACAACAAUACUUCGGACAACUACACGUAUAGGAUAGAGGUUUCAAAUGGUGCCUCCGUUUGGUACAAGACAUCAAAUGGUACAGAAGCCGAAAUUACCGGGUUAAUCCCAGGGACAAACUACAGUUUCACGGUAUUUGCAGUAGCGGCUGAUAAUCAGACAGAAGGAGAAGGAGCGUCCAUAAGCCAGUAUACAAGGCCCAGCAAAGUUGAUGAUCUCCAGAUAGUGGAUGUUGGUGUGACAUCUGUCAAAUUGAAGUGGAAGGUGAACGACAAUGCUUUGGACCCCUACACGUACAGGAUAGAGAUUGCAAAUGUUAAGAACGAGACAUCAAAUGGUACAGAAGCCGAAAUUACCGGGUUAAUCCCAGGGACAAACUACAGUUUCACGGUUUUUGCAGUAGCGGCUGAUAAUCAGACAGAAGGAGAAGGAGUGUCCAUAAGUCAGUAUACAAGGCCCAACAAAGUUCUUGAUCUCCAGGUAGUGGAUGUUGAUGAGACAUCUGUCAACUUGAUGUGGAAGGUGAACGACAAUGCUUCGGACUCCUACACGUACAGGAUAGAGAUUGCAAAUGUUGGGAACAGGUCAUCAGAUGCUACAAAUGCCAGUAUUACCGGGUUAAUCCCAGGGACAUGUUACAAUUUCACGGUUUUUGCAGUCGCGGCUGAUAAUCAGACAGAAGGAGAAGGAGAGCCCAAAAGCCAGUGUACAAGGCCCAGCAAAGUUGAUGAUCUCCAGGUAGUGGAUGUUGGUGUGACAUCUGUCAAAUUGAAGUGGAAGGUGAAUGACAAUGCUUCGCACUCCUACACGUACAGGAUAGAGAUUGCAAAUGUUAAGAACGAGACAUCAAAUGGUACAGAAGCCGAAAUUACCGGGUUAAUCCCAGGGACAAACUACAGUUUCACGGUUUUUGCAGUAGCGGCUGAUGGUAAGACAGAAGGAGAAGGAGCAUUCAUAAGCCAGUAUACAAAGCCCAGCAAAGUUGAUCUCCAAGUAGUGGAUUUUGGUGUGACAUCUGUCAACUUGACGUGGAAAGUGAACGACAGUGCUUCGCACACCUACACGUAUAGGAUAAAGGUUUCAAAUGAUACCUCCGUUUGGUACAAGACAUUAAAGGACAAGGAAGUUGAAAUUACCGGAUUAAUCCCAGGGACAAACUACAAUUUCACGGUAUUUGCAGUAGCGGCUGAUAAUCAGACAGAAGGAGAAGGAGCGUCCAUAAGCCAGUAUACAAGGCCCAGCAAAGUUGAUGAUCUCCAGAUAGUGGAUGUUGGUGAGACAUCUGUCAACUUGACAUGGGAGGUGAACGACAAUGCUUCGGACACCUACACAUACAGGAUAGAGGUUGCAAAUGGUGCCUCCGUUUGGAAUGAGACAUCAAAUGGUACAGAAGCCGAAAUUACCGGAUUAAUCCCAGGGACAAACUACAAUUUCACGGUAUUUGCAGUAGCGGCUGAUGGUCAGACGGAAGGAGAAGGAGAGCCCAAAAGCCAGUGUACAAGGCCCAGCAAAGUUGAUGAUCUCCAGGUAGUGGAUGUUGGUGUGACAUCUGUCAACUUGACGUGGGAGGUGAACGACAGUGCUUCGGACACCUACACAUAUAGGAUAGAGGUUGCAAAUGGUACCUCUUUUUGGAACGAGACCUCAAAUGUCAAGAAAGCUGAAAUUACCGAGUUAAUCCCUGGGACAAACUACAAUUUCACGGUAUUUGCAGUAGCGGCUGAUAAUCAGACAGAAGGAGAAGGAGCGUCCAUAAGCCAGUAUACAAUUCCUUCCCCAGUGAAUUCAUUUCAGUGUGAACCGGUGGCUAAUAUGUCUUACCUAAUGCUGAAGUGGGAAUGUCCUUAUGGUAACUAUUCUGGCUUCAUCAUUAAAAUAUAUUCUGCUAAUUCUUCGGUUAUAACAGAAGAGAGUCAGUCCUGUUCAGAAGGCUUCAAAACAUCACCUUUGGAUUAUUUCAAAACCUAUAAUGUUACUGUUACAACUUUUUCAAAUGGUAUUACAAGUUCUCCAGUGCAGAAAACAUGUAAAACAAGCAUUACAGAUCCACCUGCUCCAAAAGAACCUCCUGUAGUCAAGGUGCUUAGUUACAACUCAUUUUCUGUUGAAUUUUCUGAUUUUGAGGCAGUGUAUGGACCAUUAAAAGCCUAUGCAGUAAUGAUCAUAACAGAGGAAGGUUGUCCACCUUUGAAGUCUAAAUUGAACUACACAUAUGAAGAUUUCAAGAAAAAGAAGACAGGCACCUACGUGACUUAUGUUAUAGAGACAGAGAAGGCAAAGCUACCUUCCUUCCGUUCUGAGCACAUCAUCAAUGUAGGCAAGGGAAACACCAUGUAUGGCUACAAAAAUGGACCAUUGACUCCACUUCAUUCAUACAGGGCAAGUGUUGCAGGCUUCACUAACAUAAACUUUACUGCGGAAAACAUCAUUAUGGAAGAAUAUAGUUAUGUAUCAUUUUCACCCUGUUCUGACAAGGUUUCGUUACCCCAGGAUCCAGGUGUUAUUGCUGGAGCUGUUAUUGGAUGCCUUUUAGCUAUAUUGGCUGUAGUCGCUAUAGUGGGUUACAUAUUCUGGACAAGGAGAAGGAAAGAUAAAAGGAAUACUGAAGUGUCCUUUUCUCCAAUCAAAGUAAAGAAAUCAAAAAUGAUUAAAGUGGAGAACUUUGAGUCCUACUUUAAGAAGCAGCAAGCAGACUCCAACUGUGGUUUUGCUGAAGAGUAUGAGGAACUCAAGUCUACUGGUGUUCAUCAGACCAAAUCUGCUGCUGAAAACCCAGAUAACAGGGGGAAAAAUAGAUACAAUAAUGUCUUACCAUAUGAUAUUUCUCGUGUUAAACUUUCAGAUCUAAACUCUGGAAGUGGUGAUUACAUUAAUGCAAACUAUAUGCCUGGCUAUAUCUCAAAGAAAGCAUUUAUUGCUGCACAAGGUCCUUUAGCCAAUACUACAGAAGACUUCUGGCGCAUGAUUUGGGAUGAGAGUAUCUACUGUAUUGUUAUGUUGACGAAAUGUGUUGAACAAGCCCGGACAAAAUGUGAGCAAUAUUGGCCAGACAAACAAAGCAAGACCUAUGGUGACAUUGCUGUGACAGUGGUCUUGGAGACUGUUCUUCCAGAAUGGACAAUAAGGGACUUCAAUGUAGAAAAUGCCAACACAGGGGAGAGCCGCACAGUGCGUCAGUUCCAUUUCACCUCCUGGCCUGAUCACGGAGUGCCAGAGACAACAGACCUGCUCAUCAACUUCAGACACCAUGUUCAUGAAUACAGCAGUCAAAAUCCUAUUGACUCUCCUGUUCUAGUGCACUGCAGUGCUGGUGUCGGGAGGACAGGGACAUUCAUUGCCAUUGACCGCCUGAUUCAGCAGAUUGAAAUGGAGAAUACGGUGGAUGUGUAUGGAGUGGUGUAUGAUCUUCGAAUGCAUCGACCGUUAAUGGUGCAAACUGAGGACCAGUACGUCUUCCUAAACCAGUGUGUCAUGGAUAUUAUUAGAUCCCAGAAAGACAAGAAAACAGAUCUUAUUUACCAAAACACAACAGCAAUGGCAAUCUAUGAAAAUUUCACACCAGAGCCAGCCCCAGUCUUUGGGAAGGCUAACGGCUACCAUGCAUAGCCUGGAAGGAACGCAGUGUCUCUAAGAGGUGUUGCCUGCGCAUAAGAAAGGGAGACGUUCUACGUAUGUUUUCCAGGAUUGUGUGCAGUGUCUUACAUUUGGUUUCUCCAGUUUUGGCCUUAUAUGAAGAUGUGAUCUACAGGAGGACAAAAACAGUGCUGGCAGGAGCCAAGGAUUGUUAUAAAAAGAAAAUAGUUAAAGUUAACAGAGGAAUUUUUGCUUUUUCUUGGGAAUUUAACAGUACUGAUAGGUGAAAUAGCAUUUACAGUACGAACAAUGAACUAGAAUUUCAAUAUUAAAAUAAUAACACAAGCUUUUUAUUACAAUUUUAUAUGAUUUCAUUUACAGACACCAGGCUUGUGGGCUGUUUUAAUAUAUUUAAUUAUAAGUUUCAGGAACAUAUUUUAUCUACUGUAUCUGGUUACUUAGCUAAUAGAUAUGUGCCUCUGUGAUCUUUUUUUUUUUUUUUUUCUGAGUGUUCCUUUUUAUUUAAAAAAGGACUACAAACACCUCCUCCAAAUGGACAUUUGUACUUGGAAAUUGUGCCUUUUCUAGUUGCUACUCUAGAAAAAAAAACAGCAGAGAUUCUAUUUUUGUACUGAAACUCUUAAUGAGAACACAGAUUUUUAAAUAAGGCUUAUGUCAAACCUAACUGUAGUUGCACUGUUGGCAGGACUCUCCAGAAGUUUGGAGGUGAGCUUUGUUUUUGCAUUUCACCAUGAAUAUCCCCUGCCUUAAUGUUUCAGUGCCUCUGCUAGAGGAAAAGGAGUGUGGUGUGUCACUCCGAGCUUUAACUAUAGUGAAAAACUGAGCAAGUGAGUAUGUGAAUGUGUGCGCGGGGUUGUGUGUGGGUGUGUAUGAAGGAUGGAAUAGCCCCUCCCUGUUCCUGGCUGAUAUUCCUGUUUUUAUACAAUUUAUAAUGAUUUAUUUAAAGGUGCAAUAUAUGAUUUACUGAAUAAUGAUCACUCUAUUCUAAUAGAGUUUUACUCAGGUCGGUGUCUUUUUAUUGUUGUUGUUUUUCCUCAAAUGUAUAAAUCUGUGAAAAUGUUGAACUAAGGUUCCAGGUGUCCAAGCACUCCCAAACAGAUUGACUGGCUUUACUGUUUCUACCAAAACAAAUUGCACAAAGUUCUGCUGUAAAGACCAACUUCUCGGUUGAUUUAGCCGUUUAAAACUGAGAUAUAUGUUACCUGCCUGCAUCUCAUUGAUCUAAUGUAAUUGUUUUGUAAUUGUUUGCAAUGUACUGCUGCUGUUAUUUUAACUGGUCCUUUUAAAAAUAGAACAAACAAGCAGAAAACCCCUAGUUUGCUGGUUUUGCAUGGCAAGGAUUUGAUUGGAUUUUGCUGGUACAUAACUGCUAGACUUAUGAAGGCAUUACCGAUGAAGGACUUCUUAAAUAGUUUGGGGGUGUGUUGUUUUUUGGUCUUUGGAUCAUUGCACUGGUUGCAUUGCAAAGGAAUAUGAAGUUUAUGAAUAAUGCUAUAGAAUAGCUCUAAAGAAGUGAAAAUCUUGUGAAGGUUUAAUAACCAGAGUCCCUGAAGUUCUGCUGCUUUUUGUUUGUUUGUUUGUUUUUUUUAGCAGAGUUGUCAAAAAUAGCUACAUAUAUUAGGUGUAUAUGUGGUAUUACAGUGGAACCUGUCAACCUCACAGAAUCCACUGUUAGCAGAAGAAAAUGUAGGAAUUCCUGGUGUACAACUGUAAAUUUACAGAUAACCAGAGGAAUUUUUCACACCCAGUGUGAAAUUGUGGUGUGCUAGGUGAGCAAAACUGGAGGACAAACCACGAAAUGCUUCAGUUCUUUUUUUUUUUU